AUGUUCAACUUCAAGGAGUGGUUGAUACUUUUGGUAUGUUCAUUAGUAAUCUUAAAAACAGAAGGAUUGUUUGUCAAUAUUACAUUGGUUCGAAACGCAGUCGCAAAAGGAGCCGUUUGUUUGGAUGGUAGUCCACCAGCUUAUCAUUUAGACAGAGGUUUUGGAACUGGAAUCAAUAGUUGGAUAAUACAGCUUGAGGGAGGAGGAUGGUGUAAUAAUGUCACAAACUGUGUUAGUCGGAUGCAUACUCGAUUAGGUUCAUCGAAGAAAAUGGUGGAACAAAUCGCUUUCUCAGCUAUUCUUGCCAAUAAGAAGCAAUAUAAUCCUGAUUUUUACAACUGGAAUAGAGUGAAAGUUAGAUACUGCGACGGGUCAUCAUUCACAGGAGAUGUGCAAGCAGUGAAUCCUGCUACUAAUCUUCACUUCAGAGGUGCUCGAGUUUGGCUAGCUGUUAUGCAGGAGCUGCUAGCUAAAGGCAUGAGAAACGCCGAAAAUGCUGUUUUGUCUGGGUGUUCGGCCGGCGGGUUAGCUUCAUUGAUGCAUUGUGACAGUUUUCGCGCUCUGUUACCGAUGGGUACCAAAGUAAAAUGUCUUUCAGAUGCUGGUUUUUUUCUCAAUACAAGAGAUGUUGCAGGAGCUCAAUACAUUAAAUCUUACUUCAACGAUGUGGUUACUCUACAUGGAUCAGCAAAGAACUUACCGAGGUCAUGCACAUCAAGAUUAACCCCUGCAAUGUGUUUCUUCCCGCAAUACGUGGCUCGGCAGAUUCGAACUCCUCUUUUCAUUCUUAAUGCUGCAUACGACUCUUGGCAGAUUAAGAACAUUUUGGCGCCUCGUGCUGCUGAUCCUUACGGAAAAUGGCAAAGUUGUCAAUUUGACAUCAAGAAUUGCCAACCAAACCAGCUCAAAGUUAUGCAAGAUUUCAGGUUAGAGUUCUUGACCGCGGUGAUCGGUCUAGGAAGAUCAUCAUCAAGAGGGAUGUUCAUAGACUCUUGUUACACUCACUGCCAAACCGAGACACAAACUUCAUGGUUCUGGCAAGAUUCUCCAAUUCUAAACCGAACGACAAUAGCAAAAGCUGUUGGAGAUUGGGUUUAUGAUAGAACAUUGUUUCAGAAGAUAGAUUGUCCUUACCCUUGUAACCCUACUUGCCACCACAGGGUUUUCACUCCUCAAGAUGCUCCUCCAAUUUAA